AUGAGUAUUGAUAUUGAUCAACAAUUAUAUAAUAACAAUGAUGAUGAUGAUGAUGAUGAAAAUAAUAUGUCAUAUAUUUCUAAUUUGUAUAAUAAAGUAAAAGAUAAUAAAGAUGAAAUAUUAUUAAAUUCAACAGGUUCAAUAUUAAAUGAUAAUUAUUGUUUCAAUUCUAAUAUUGUUAAAUCAAUCAAUGAUCAAGUUAAUAGUGUAACAUUAUUUGUUGAAUAUUCAUUUAAAAAUCAAUAUAAAUAUAAUAAAAAUGAUAUUCUACGACGUCGAUCAAAAUUUAAUUUAAUUAUUCACAAAUCAAAACAAUCAAUUGAUAAUAAGAAAUAUUAUUUAUAUUAUCCUAAAGAAGGAUCAUUAUUAAAUAGUAAUCAAUGGAAUAAAUUAUUAAAUUGGAAUGUUAAAAGUUUAAAUGAACAAUGGAAUUUAUUAUAUAAAGCAACAAGAGAUGGUUUUAAUGAUAUUUAUUUGGAUUUUUCAUCUGAUGAAAAUGCAUUUUUAUUUUCAUUUUCAUCGAAUUCAUCAAUAAAAUAUUCGUUAAUUGAUCCACAUACAAAAUAUGCCAUAUGGAAUUCAUCAAAUUAUGGUCCAACAUUUGGUCGUGGUGCUGAUUUAUUUAUUUGUUCUCAAAGUAAUAUUAUUGAAGAAUCAUAUUCAAAAUUAUCUUCAUCUUAUCGAGAUCCAACUGGUUUAAAAUCCAAAGCAUUAGCUGGACAACAACAUUUUCUUAUUCAUGAUAUUGAAAUUUAUUAUUAA